GACGUUUAUCUACUCAAUGAGAUAAAAAUACAAUAAUUUAUUUAUAUUAACAAGAAAUCGAUUAAUACUAUGUUAUAAGUGUUUCUUAAUUAAUUAUAAAGAUUUAAGUGACAAUAAUGCCCACCACACGCAUUCAUGAUCAUAUUUAAUUAUUGAGAUAAGAAAUAUUAUGUUAAACAAAGGUUAAACAUAAUAUUAUAUCCACUUAGCUUAAUUUGCACGCCAAUAUAAAUUGUAAUGUUCUCAAAUUGUUACGAAAAGAAACUUGUUAAAAGCUUGCUAGGCUUUCUGGCAGGUUUUGCUUUGGGACAAUGUUACUACAUACUAUUCUUAAAGGACAUAUCUUUUUUGGGAGAUGGCUAUUUUAUAGGCUUGAUACUAAGUAUUCUGUUAGGUGUAUGUAAUGCAGUGUCAAUACAAGUUCAAUGUAUUUCUCUUCUCCUGCUUCCAAUGUACUGUGGUAAGGCAGGCCGAGGGGUUUUGAAGGCUGUUGUACUUACGUACGUUGUCGCUGGCCCAAUAACAAACAUGGGUUUGAACGCCAAGGAAGUGGUACGGGUGUUUGCAUGCAGUACUCAACUGUCGUACAACCUCACCAAAAUCAAAUACGCCCGAAUGUACAAACCGCUGAACAAGGCAUUGCUUAGUUUAAGGAAAGAAGUUGAUGGAAUAAAGGACGCUAUCAGAUCCAUUCGUGAUGUCAUAUCACCGAUAGAGCUAGAAAUCGAAGGAAUGGACCACUUGCAACAGAUGAAGGCAGAAAAUGAUUUGUCUGAUGCUUUGUUUGACAUUAUUCAACGCUCACAAAAGGACGCAAGGCAAAAUCAUUUGGACCUAGUAACCAAUGAAAGUGGGCAAUAUGAAAAAACCUAUCUCGAUAAAAUGGAAAUCCGUUGCGAAAACCAGCUAUCCCACACAGUGACAUUAUGUUUGAACGCCUUUUCUUCGGCUUACGAGGAAUGUAACCAGGCGAUUCCGGCAUAUGCUACAAUGAUAUGCUGGCCUUUGAUGUUGCCAAGGGUGUGCAAUGUAAAACAAUUGCUUGGACCUGAGAUAUGCAACAGCAGAAAACAGCUAAAUCCUGGACUGGGGAUCGGUUACGCGUAUCUGAAGAAGGUGAAAAGAGAACUAACAUCGAAUCUCACGGAUAUAAAAUUACAACAUAAAGUAAAGUAUGAACGAGAGCUUCAAGAUGUCCAGGAUGCAAAGGAGACUGGUGACCGCGUUCUCCACGCGUUUCAUGAAAAAUUCGUUACCAUGGAGUUAGCCAUCACUACAGUCAAUUUCUGCCUUGCCUUGUUAUUCCUUCGCAUAGCAUACUCUGCACAGAGCUACCACGAUAUGUACCUGACGAGUAUUGAUUUCGACAACGUUUACAUCACGGGAUAUUUUAAAAGGAUCGAUCUAAAGCGGAGGAGGAAAGAUAAAUUCACGCUUUUGCCUUUAAAAAAGAUGGAAAGAAACAGAUACGUAGAUGUACUGUCCACUUAUUACUUACUUUCGGAGCGCAAGAAACUAUUGUGUCAGAUCCUCAAAGUUAUGCUGGAAGCGGUGACAGCAACGACUUUCGUGAUGCUGGACAGAUUGUUCUAUGAGGCUUUGGAUGUCGUAAGAAUGCACGCGAAGGAGAGUCAACCCUCAUCGGGUGUGCAAGACCUUGAGAUUAAGGUAGAAAGCAAAGGUCUAUUAUCCAGCAUGGUACGCAGAGUCCUCGAAGAGAUGAGUUCCAACAAACAAUACAAAAUGGUUUCCAAUGAGAUGUGUCUCCCGCGGCCUAGGGCGAUGCCAAGCUUGUUUUAUUUUAAAAUUUACGGUGGAUACAUAUGGAUACUUCUGUUGGUUUUCAUUAACCCUUAUACGAUGAGACUGCGAAGACUGAUCUGCAGUCAUUUCUACCCCGUACGCGAGAAACAGCGAAUACUACACCUCUACAACGAUAUACUGAAGAAGCGAGUUAAAAUGGACAAAACGCUACGCAGAAGGGCGGUGCAAUCUGUGCGAGCUCAUUACCUAUCUGGGGAGAAUUUGUUGAGUUUGAGGAUAAGGUUCCCUCAGAUGCUGGGAUGGCUUGAGGCAUUGCCGGUAGCUAGGAUGAAGUGUUUGAUUUGUGAGGAGACCGCGCCGAGGGACUGUGAUCGUAGUCAUAGAGCAAGCACGAUACAAGGGUGGCAUUCGUGUGUGAAAACAAGGUGUCCAUUCGUAUACUGUGAAGAGUGUUGGCGAGAAGUGGGCUCUCAGUGCCUCGCCUGCGACCCUGCGCUCGCCGAGCUGAGCGACAUCGACUCCCUCAGCGACGAUAACCCACCACGACAUUAGGUAGAGACUUGACUACCUACAUUAGGUAUUC